AUGGUAAAUAUCCCUCCCAGUGCUGGUCAAAAUUGGUACAAGAAAGGUGCGGAGAAUUUGGCAAAAGACGAGAACCUACCACACAAAAAAGAGAGCAGCAAGGUUGGAAGGCCAGCAAAACUUCGAGAAGAGCACAAAAUGGCUUUGAUCAGCAUAGUAGAUGAAAAACCAAACUCAGUUUUGGAAGAAAUGAUGGAACAACUGAAUGCUCAGUUUGUUGGCCUUGAUAUUCACCAAUCUGCCUUGCACACAUUUCUUUAUGAAAAGUGUCAUUUUUCUGUUAAAAGGGCUCAUUUCCACUCUGUAGAGCGAAAUAGUCCCGAGAAGAUUGAAGAAAGAUACAAUUGGGUCAAGCAGUGGCAAGAAACUGACAUGGAUUUUACAAGCAAUUGCGUAUUUAUUGAUGAGGCUGCAUUUCAUAUCAACAUGAAGCGCAACUAUGCAUGGUCAGGUAAAGGAAAGCGAGCUGUUGUAAAUGUUCCCAAAACUCGAGCAAAAACCACGACAAUCAUUGGGACCAUAUCUUCCUUUGGCAUUGUUAACGUGAAGAUGAAGCUUCCAAAAGUUACGGCACCCUCGAAAAAAAGAAAAGCUACAAAUGGCCCUGUUCAAGCAGGUAAGGGAGGAACCGUUACUGGGCAUUAUUUCAAUUUUGUCGCCAACACUUUGGAUGUGAUGGAUAAGUACGAAGAGUUCAAGGAUCACUAUUUGAUUAUGGACAAUGCCCCUAUCCACAAAAACAAAGACAUACAACUGUACAUUGAAGGCAGAGGGUAUAGAUACGUUUAUCUACCACCUUACUCUACGGAACUUAAUCCAAUCAAGCAGUUUUGGUCCAUAGUGAAAAGCAAGCUUAAGAGAGUCGCACUUUUGGAAGAAGAAACGCUAUCCACUAGAAUUUCUGACUCUUGUAACAAGGUUAUGAUCAGCGACCUACAAGGAUUUUGCAGAUACUCUGCUGCCAGAUGGGCUGACUGUUUAGAGAGAAAAAGUAUAUAA